AUGAACAAAAGAAUUGGCUGCUAUGAAAGUCAGAAAGGGCAAAAAAUAACGAAGGAGAGUCAUGGGUUCUAUAUGGACCGCAAUUUCGGUACGACCAGCGCGGUUGUUCCUAUUUCAUUUUCUUCUUCCAAGCUCGUCGCACUAGCACUAAGUUACUUACGGAAUCUCAGAUCUCUCUCGACACGGAGAACUUCUCUUUUGUUUACGCUAUUUCAAGUGAGAAUUCCAGUUCCGCCUGUUCCCGGCUAUUGCAUCUUCCCUGCCACACUGCUUCAACAAGAGCUUCUUAGCGACCUACUGCCCUACCACCAAGACCGGUAA